GUCCUGAAGCUCCUUCGUUUCUUGCUCCCUUUCUCCCUCCCUUUCUUUCAUUCACAGAAACUCAGCCAAAAAACCUAGAACUGUAAGCCUACACCACCGCCGCCGCAAGGAGUGGCAUACUGCCGCCGUCCGGCCGUCUAUCUAGCUUCCCUCGUGCUCCAAGUCUUCAACCCCCGUUCGCUGUCACCGAUCGCAGCUGCUUCCUCGAGCUCGGCGUCCAUCGUCUUUGUCUGCUCAGCCGCGCUUCCGCCGCCGUUGGUUGCCGUUAACGUUCGCGUCUUCGUUCAGCCGUCGUCUUCGUUCGCGUUCUUCGCCGUUCAAGUUUACUCGGCGUUCACCGUUCGUGUUCACUCGCCGUUCACCGUCGGGUUCGCGUUCGUCUGGAAGCCACGUUGCCCUGCUUCAAACUCUGCGACCAACCCGCGCGCUCCACCUAGCCGUCGAACUGCUCUCUUUUGUCGCCGCCAGUUUAAAAAAAAAAGGUCGCAACAAAUGACAGGGUCAUUGAGCAAAUAAGGACCCAGGGAGGACCUCCAUGCAAAUUGCAUUAACCUACCUACGAAACCAACAAAUCAGAAAAUAAGGAAAACAAAAGUUACAAAAUCACUGAGCGACGGCGGAGCGUAGAGGUUUGCGACGCACCAUUACAAUGGAAUUCGAACUCCCAAACAAGGCCUUAACCACCACGCGCUUUUCGGAGCUGAAUCCGCCGCUAUCAGAGAAGGUUCUCGAAGCUUUAUCGGAAUCCGGGUUCAACUUCUGCACGCCGGUUCAAGCCGCCACCAUUCCCUUGCUCUGCAGCUUCAAGGAUGUCGCCGUCGACGCCGCCACUGGUUCAGGCAAAACCCUAGCUUUUGUCGUCCCUCUCGUCGAGAUUCUUCGACGCUCCUCUUCUAACCCCAAGCCUCAUCAGGUACUAGGAAUAAUCAUAUCCCCCACAAGGGAGCUAUCACAUCAAAUAUAUCAUGUAGCACAACCUUUCAUUUCAACUUUAGCGAAUGUUAAGUCCAUGCUGCUUGUUGGUGGAGUUGAAGUGAAAUCAGACAUGAAGAAGAUAGAGGAAGAAGGCGCUAACAUACUAAUUGGCACACCUGGGCGGUUGUAUGACAUAAUGAACCGGAUGGAUUUCUUGGAUUUCAAAAACUUCGAGAUUUUGAUUUUAGACGAGGCUGAUAGACUCUUAGAUAUGGGAUUCCAGAAGCAGAUAACUUCCAUUAUAUCUCUUUUGCCUAAGCUUCGAAGAACUGGCCUGUUUUCUGCUACUCAAACUGAGGCUGUUGAAGAGCUUGCUAGAGCAGGAUUGAGAAAUCCUGUGAGGGUUGAAGUUCGGGCAGAGGCGAAACUUUUAAAUGCUCCUGCAGCAUCAAAACAACCUGAAUCUACAAAAACACCUUCUGGGCUUCAAAUUGAGUACUUGGAAUGUGAGGCAGAUAAGAAGCCAUCACAGCUAGUAGACAUCCUUAUUAAGAACCGCUCAAGAAAAGUUAUAAUAUAUUUCAUGACUUGUGCUUGUGUUGACUAUUGGGGAGUUGUCCUUCCACGCCUCUCUGUUUUGAAAGGCUUCUCCUUGGUUCCUCUUCAUGGAAAAAUGAAGCAGACUGUUAGGGAGAAAGCAUUAGCCUCCUUUACAUCCCUUUCAAAUGGAGUUCUGCUAUGUACAGAUGUUGCAGCACGUGGACUUGACAUACCAGGUGUAGAUUGUAUAGUGCAGUAUGAUCCUCCUCAAGAUCCAAAUGUUUUCAUACACAGAGUUGGUCGAACUGCUCGGCUGGGUAAACAAGGUCAUGCUGUUGUCUUCUUAUUGCCAAAGGAGGAGUCUUACGUAGAAUUCCUACGUAUAAGAAGGGUCCCUCUUCAAGAGAGAAAAUUCUCUGAUGAUGCACCUGAUGUUGUACCUCAGAUUCGUUCUGCUGCGAAAAAAGAUCGUGAUGUUAUGGAGAAAGGAGUCAGGGCAUUUGUUUCCUACAUCCGUGCAUACAAGGAGCAUCACUGUUCAUAUAUUUUUAGGUGGAAAGAACUUGAAAUUGGUAAAUUGGCCAUGGGACAUGGCUUACUGCAACUUCCUCUAAUGCCAGAGGUAAAACAUCAUUCACUUUCUACCGAGGGAUUUGUACCGGUUGAUGAUAUCAAUUUGGAGGACAUUAAAUACAGAGAUAAAUCUCGUGAAAAACAAAGGAAGAAAAACCUGCAAGCAAAGAAAGAAGCAAAAGAGAAGGAGAAAGAGGCAAAACCAGAAAAGCCAAGCAAAACUCCCAGUGCACCUACUGCCAUGAGGAAGAAAACAGCUCGACAGAGACGUGCUCAGCAGACAAUUGAAGAUGAGGAAGAGUUGAUGCAAGAUUACCGCUUGUUGAAGAAACUGAAGAAAGGGACUAUAGAUGAGAAUGAAUAUGCUAAGUUGACAGGCGCUGAGGAAUUACUCUGAAUACCAAUUUUGUGUGUUAUGGAAAGAAGUGUGUUUAGUUUAGUGCAAUAUUAGCUAGAAAAUUGCAGCAUCCCUUGAUGCCACAUUUUUUCUCUUGGCAUUCUCCGAAAGGUCUGGGAUUAAGACAUCUCUCGCUACUGAUGGCAUUGUCGCAUCGAGUCCAGAGAACUGAUUUCCAUUCUGCAGCUCAGAGAGUUGAAUUGACUCAAUGACUUCUGCAGCUGAUUAUACUGGGAAAGCAACGACAAAAUGCUUAAGUUUGGGGUAAGGCACAAUUUCUUCAAUGAGAAAAACAGGGCCUUUUAAAAAAUUACCAACAAAAUAGUUGAUUUUACGACUUUUUUUGUUCAAUCUACCAUUUCUGUUAUUCUUUACUUAGGGUGCAUCAUCCGUGUAACUUUGAUUAGUCUGAUAGUGUCAGAGUCUGUAGAAGUGUAGAAGCAUAAUUAUGUUCUAGUUAUUUGUUACGUUAAUCAACAGAAUAGAAUUUUGCCUUGUACUUAUUACUGAUAUUAAUUCAUUUAAGAUUUAAGCC